AUGGAGAACAAGGAGAGAGCCCUGACGAACGUCUCGGCCACCAUACGCAAGUGGGUGAAAGAGCUCCUGGAGAUUGACAUCGCGUGCAUUGAGGAGCUGUGCUCCGGCGCGAUCUACUGCCAGAUCCUGGACAUGAUUUUCGAGGAUGUGGUGCCUCUGGGGGAUGUGAUUUUCGCGACAAACGCCAUAGCCGACUUCAGGAAGAACUUGGAGGUGUUGCGGGAGUGCCUCUACGUUUUGCAGAUACCGCUGGAGGUGCCGGUCGAAGACCUCGCUUGGUGCGCCUUCGAGGCCAAUCUGAACUUCGCCGCGAACUUCUACCAGUGCUUCAAGCAGCUGACCACCAAGAAUCUCGGCCGCAUGCAAAGCUACGAUCCGCUGGCCGCCAGGACCUACCAGAGAUUCUUCCUGGCACCACUGACCUUCGUUUCGGGUGGCAUCAAGGGGGCCUUGGACCUCAAAGAAGCCAGGCAUUUUGAGGAAGUGGAGGACUUAAAGGUAGUCCUGGAUAUUAAGGACAAAGAGGACAUAGAAGGUGUCGAGGACGUCAAGGACGUAGGGGAUCUGGAAAAUAGCAAUGAAGACAACGGAUCGAGUGCUUGUUGCAGACUGAAGCGAAGGGCCAUGGGCGCCGCCUGA